AUGUGCAUUUUUAUCGCUGUUAUUGGAAAACGAUUUGGUGAUGCUGGCCUUCGUGAUAUAAUUGUGGAAUCAACUCUUCUUGGAGAAAGCUCUGUUGAUCAAAUGUUCAGAGGGAAACACUACAAUAACGCCAUGAGAGUUCUGAAGUAUUUGUAUGAUGCAAUGAAGAGGCAUAUGAUUGAAAGCUUUGAGCAGUCUGUUCACAAUGGCCAUUUAGAGAGAAGUUAUAAAGAUUUUAUCGAGUCAGCAGGGCUUCAAAAGCUUAUUUCCUCGCCAUCUAAAGAAUCGCUGGAAACCUUUCGUGAUGAUCACCAGGAUGUGAUUAGCCAUAUCCACGCAUAUGAAAAUUCUCUUUUGGCUGGUUCCCUAGGUCCAACUGCAAGUGUUUGGUCAUCAUUUUUGCAAAUGGUACAAAUUCUGCUUGAUUUUGCCAAAUCGAUAAAACUCGGUGACUGGAAACUGCAUCUUCAAUCAACUGAGAACAUGUUGCCGUGGAUGUUUGCCUACGAUCGACCUAACUACGCUCGCUUUCUGACCUACUAUCUAGUUUCUAUGAAGAAAUUGCCAGAAACGCAUCUGCACAUCCACCAACAGUUUGAAGCAGGGCAUUUCUCUGUUCGAAGACAACAAGGUAAAUUCAACAAAAUACCAUCGGAUCAAGCAAUUGAGCAGACUAUCAACAGGCAGCAGAAGUGUGCUGGUGGUAUUAUUGGUUUUAGCACGUCGGAAGGUACCGUGCAAAGAUGGGCUCUGACAAGCCAUGUUGCUGCUAAAUGCCAGUCUCAUGUGGAAGAAUUUUUUGGGAUGUCUGAUGAUAGAUGCGUGACGAAAGAUUUAGCUACGAAAAGGAUCUUAUACGACGAAGAAUGUGUUAUUCGAAGCUAUGACCUCGUCAAAGAGUGGGGAACACCAUUUAAAGAAAACAACCGAUUGAUACACCUUAGUUCUGGUUUGGAGUGCAGCGCGCAGGUAGAAAACGACAUGGUAAAUGCAGAAGCGAGAGGAAAGGAGGCAUUUGUAAAUUUUAUUGAGAAGCGCAUAGAGUCCAACGACGAAGAUUUGUACAUCGCAAUCCCCAAAAUGAAGUUAAAUACCUUUGCAUCAAUGAAGGCGAAGAAGUCAUGCUCCGUAAAAGAACGAAGUGUAACGCUGAAAGCUGAUAGAGAUAUCUUUGCACGAUUGUUGGUAAUAUGCGGAAAGCGAGAAAUUACGUUAAAGGAGGUACUUGCAUAUUCGUUAGGCCCUAUUCCUUGGUCGUUAGCCACAUUGGAUGGGAAUGUGUCGAAGACAGUCAAAUCAAAGUUGUUGGACGCCAUUGAAAACACAGUUGAUGAUCCAACCGUAGAUGCGCUUCCAAAUAAUUGUGUACGAGUGUUUGAUGGUAUGGUCAUCAUCCAACAAUUGGGCUCGUUAUGUUUGGCGACAUUUGGUGAAAUUUCUGAGUACGUGCUAAAAAGAAUUACGUCGCAUUCGUCGAAAGUGAUUUAUUUUGUCACCGACCAAUAUUAUGAUGAUUCUUUGAAAGGCUGCGAGCGAAAACGACGAGCAUCUGCUGGAAGUAUUCGCAUACAGUUAACCAGGCGAGAUCAGAAGCCGCCGAAACAAUUUAAAAAGUAUCUAAGUGAUGGUUGCAAUAAAGUGGAUCUUGUCAAGUUUUUCCUUGCAGACUGGUCGGAUCCUGAUCGUUUCAAAACCAUGAUAGCAAAUCGAAUUAUAUUGGUGACAGUGGCAAGCGUAGCAUAUCGGCUGCAAGUAACGUCCGAUAAAGUUACAUCAACACCAGAAGAAGCUUUACACUCCAAACAAGAAGAAGCAGAUACAAAGAUGUUUCUUAGUUGCCAACAUGCCGUUCAACAAUUCUCGUGCGAAAAUAUCUGCAUUUCCACGGUCGACAGCGAUGUUGGUGUUCUUGCUAUUUAUUAUAAAGAUCGACUCCAUUGUGACCUAUUUGUAGAAAUUGGUUCAAAAAGCAAGAAACGAAUUCUAUCGGUUUCCAAGAUUUUCGACAACAUUGGAAAAGAGAUGUCCGAUGCUCUUCCUGCAUUGCAUGCAAUAAGUGGCUGCGAUUUCACAAGUGCAUUUUAUGGAAUUGGAAAGCAAAAGAUGUACAAGAUCGCAAAGAGCUCUGAUAGUUUCAAGGAUGUCCUGUCGAAGAUGGGAGACAGUGCUGAUUUCGAUUUAGAUCUAUUUCCUGCUGUUCAAAAAAUGAUUGCAGAAUGUUAUGGUAUUAAAGGUUGUGAUAGUAUAAAUGAUGCACGUUACAGAAAAUUUUGUUCGAAAGCUAAAGUACCUGACCCACAACAACUGCCACCAACUCAAGACGAAUUACUUCUUCACUGCCAGCGGGCCAAUUACGUUGCCAAAAUUUGGAAGUCUGCGUUAAUAGCUGAUAUUGAUCUUCCACACCCAGCAGGAUAUGGAUGGCGUGAAGUUAAUGGCUUAUUAGAAAUAAAGUGGAUGAGCCAAAAACCAGCACCAGAUUCUUUACUAGAGUUUCUAGCCUGUGGUUGCAAAAAGUCAGGAUGUCAAAACAACAGGUGCCUUUGCGCUAGGAAUGGACUAAGCUGCACAGACUUGUGUGAUUGUUCUACAUGCACAAAUACUACACCAGAUGAGGAUGAUGUCAAUACUCGUUUUGAACUAGAUGAGGAAAUAGAUGACUAG